AUGGCUCCUGCCGAGCCGCCCAGACUUCGCCCCUCGGCAGACCUGCUCGCCCGCUCGCCGCAACCGCCACGCUGCUUGCUACUGCCGCUGCUCGCCCUCGGAUCCCGCCGCUGCUGCUCUACACAGGCGCAGCCGCCGCCCCUUCCCCCUGCUCGCCUCGCCAUCGCCCUGCCUGGCCUGUGCCCGCCUACCACGCUGCUGCUCCCUGCGCCGCUCCCCACGCCAGGCCCGCGCCUUCUCGGUCCGGCGCCGUGGCCGCUACCGCGCCCGCCGGCCACGCCCUGCAUGGCCCAACCACCUCUCGCCGUCGCCUCAUCAGCGGUUUGGGCGUGCGCCCAGAUCGGGCAACCGCCCCGACCCGACGCUGCCGCCCGAAGCCAGCGUUGCCUCCCCACCGGACCACCCCAUCCUCUUCUCCUCUCCAUCGCCCCCUCGUCACCAGGCCGCCCCCGCUCCGCCGUCGCCCAACGCCGCCUCAACCUCGUCGUCCUCCUCCUCGACUCCUCGCCGGACUCCAUCGACCCCGUCCUCUCUGUCGUCGCCUCGUCCCCGUCAUCCUCCCCACGCCCCGCUGCCCAGUCCCCUACGCCCCCCGUGAGCUGUCGUCCUCCCUUCUUUCCUCUCUGCCCCGGCGUCGUUUACGGCGCCCAAGGCCGCCCGUGCCCCAGCCACGCACCGCGCCUGCUCGCCGCGCACUACGCGCGCCCGAAGCUGCGCCAACGUGUGUUCGCGCCCGCACCCGAACCUUACUGUUGCUGCACCGCUCGCCGACCCGCCGAGCUCCCCGUGUCGACAUCUUCCCCCCUGCGCUGCCGCGCCCACCUGCAGCUUGCCCCGCGCGGCCCGUCACUCCCUCGCGUCACGCGGGCGUGCGCCGGCGCGCACCACGGCGCCCCACGUGCCUCCCCCCGCUCAUGGCUCCUGCCGAGCGGCCCUGACUUCGCCCCUCGGCAUCCCUGCUCGCCCGCUCGCCGCAACCGCCACGCUGCUUGCUACUGCCGUCGCUCGCCCUCGAAUCCCGUCGCUGCUGCUCUACACAGGCGCAUCCGCCACCCCCUUCCCCCUGCUCGCCUCGCCAUCGCCCUGCCUGGCCUGUGCCCGCCUACCACGCUGCUGCUCCCUGCGCCGCUCCCCACGCCAGGCCCGCGCUUUCCCGGUCCGGCGUCGUGGCCGCUGCCGCGCCCGCCGGCCACGCCCUCCAUGGCCCGACCACCUCUCGUCGUCGCCUCAUCGGCGGUUUGGGUCACCCGCGACAACUACCGAACCGAGCUUAUCGACUUUGACAUCACUCGCAUCAGCCUCCCGUACAACGCCAUCCUCGGGUACCCUGCCCUGGCUCAAUUCAUGGCAGCGACCCAUACGGCCUACAACCUCAUGAAGAUGCAGGGAAGCAGCGACGUCCUCACCGUGGCCGGGGACACCAAAGAAGCCCUGACGGCUCUCAAUCUCACCUUCACGGCCGCCGCAGCAGCACGCCCGGCCGACGGAGCCGCCCCAGGGGCUAAAGGGUGA